GAAGAAGCUCCGAGACCUUGCGCUCUUUCCUGAAGUAGACCAACUUGAACACAUGUACAAGAAGCUAGGCGAUGUCCUCAGCAUUGAAGACGAAACAGGUAAGCCACAACAGCUAAGAAGUCGCAAGACGAAGGAGGAGGAGGAGCAGAUGCCGGCACUGACUAAGGAGGAGCUUGUGGCUGCCAGCACGAUGCCACGGCCCAAGACGAAAGCUCCGACGGACGCGUCCAACGCAGCUUACGUUCAAUUCCUCGCCACUAAGCCAGCAGAGGUCGACUUUGUUGCCCAGAACCGAGACGCUGUGCGAGCAGACAAGCAGAAGCGACGAGAGCAGCUGCCGGUCUCAGUCGAGGAGGUGUACAACUACAGUGGGCAGUACCUUCAGUACUCAAACAUACAGCGCGACUUCCUGCGGAAGAAAUUCACGCGGGACUACGGCAAAGUUCACUACACCUUCAGCAAGGACCUUCUGUCGGGCGCUUUCGUGCUGCAGGACCCUGAGACAGCAGCACGAGAAGAGGUCGCAAGGUCCCGAUCCAGGUGGAUCACAGCUGAAGGAUUCCGAUGGCCAAAGGCGCGGAGCGUGAUGGAGUUCCGGGAAGCGCAGGUGGACAAGUCUGCUCCUACGUCGGAUCACGGCGAGUACAUCGAGAACGAGUGGAACCUCAGCUCGCGCGAGGGUGCAACGAGCAACCUCCUACCUGGACAGCCAGAUUUUAGCAUCCGGUAUCCAGCUCAGCCCCAGCUCUUUGAAAAGAACCCCGAGUUCUUCAAGUCAGUGUUCUCAGCUGAGGGGGGAGCAGCGUUGGAGAUGCAGGAGCGCAAGUCGCAGCUGUACAAUACCUGGGAAAAGAAGAAGGUGGUGGAUGACCGACGGUUCCAUGUCCAGUGGUCGGAUGGAGGAGCGCGAAUGGACAAGUACAAGGCGAUGCUGAAGCUGAGCCCCAUGAAGAAGUCUCUCAAGACUAUGCCCGGCAAAGAAGGAUGUCAACCAGGUGCUGAGUUUCCUCCCUCCAUCUUCGACGGCGAGCCGUUCCUGGACCGUGUGAACACCUACGUUCACGAGACCUACGGGGUGAAGACUGUGGUUGAAAAGACGCUAGACAAGAACAAGAACUUCAUGCGAUGGGUCGAGCCGAUAGCGCCUGGCGUGAGGGAAGAGCGCAAGAUCGCCUCAAUCCACUCCAAGAACUUCAGGCCGCUAGUGCAGAAGGACAAGAAGGAUCUGAAGGACAUUGACUACCUCUACAAGCGCAAGAUCGCUCCGCUCACUAAUGCUGAAGUCGAUAGGCCUGUAGGCCUCUAUAGACAAGCCAAGCAAUGACUCUAAAGUAGACGACUCAUUUCAGCUUGA